UACGAAUGCGCGAGAUUGCGCCUUCGUGCAUUGGCUCACUUUCAUUCCUGGAUUUACGAGAAAGCAGCUGUACUGAAAUCUUGCAGUGGAUCUUCCACCAGCCGAGUCAUGCCGCAGCUACUAGAACCGUCCUGCAGUGAUAUUUCAUUGGAAGAUCUUACAGCUGAAUACAAACCGAUUUCCAACCUACGAGUGAUUAGAAACCUUGUCGUGCUGUCUGUUGGCUGCUUAAUGGCAUUCUGCUCAUACGACGGACUUGUGAUGCUCCAGAGUACGAUCAAUCAGGAAAGCGGCAUCGGUGUCAUAUCAGUGGCCGUGCAGUUUAGUUUCUCUUGCAUUACGGCUCUGUUAUUACCAGAAUAUCUGUUUGAAAAAAUAGGAUGCAAAUCCGUCAUAGUCAUCUGUCUCAUCUCUUUCGUGCCCUAUAUCGCAUCGAACUUUUAUCCUCACUGGUCACUCAUGAUACCGUCGUCCAUUUUGUUAGGACUCGCCAACUCACUUUAUUGGGCUGCUGAAAGCGCAUACUUAAACCAUCUUUCCAUUUUAUAUAGCUCGAAUUUGAAACGCAACAAAAUAGCUGCGUCGACUAAGAAAUGCAACAAAAGGUCAGACGAAAAAAUCGGAGAUCAAGAAGUGAACAUGAAUGUCCAAAUUCUAAAUAAAUGCGUGAGCGAUUGCGCAAGAGUCCUGACUGAUAUCAACAAAGAGUUAAAAGAGACAGUCGUAAACAAUAAAAGUGAUCUCACAGAAGAAGCAGAAAAUCAUUUCUAUCAAGGUAUAAAUGCACCACGUAAUACUGAAAAUUCUAUAAAAAUAACUUCGGUGCCUUCGGCCGAGCUGAUGAAUGCGAAAUCAGACGCAAAAUCUUGUGAAUUACUGUCAUCCACAACAGCUCGAUUCUUUGGCAUUCAUGGUUUAAUAUACCAAACUUGCCAUGUUUGGGGUAAUUUACUAUCAUAUUAUAUUUUACGAAUCGGGGCUGUAGAAGAGAUAAAUGCAAACAGUACCAUUGGUCAAUGUGGGGCAGAUUUCUGCAAUAUCCAAACAAACUGUUCCACCAACAAUUUAAGGGAGCCAGAAGAUGAUUUAAGGAAUUUACUCGUUGGUGUCUUCGUUGCUAUUAGUGUCCUUGCAGUGGUUUUUGUUCUAUUUGGUCUGGACGAAUUAAAACACAGAAAGAAGAAUGUUACCAUCUCGUGGGAGUAUAUGACGGCUACUUUCAGGCAAAUAAAAGACAAAAGGCAGCUUUUACUGAUUCCGAUGUCUUUGAAUAUUGGAGUUAUGCAAGGCUUCGUGAUGGGAGACUUCACAAAGAGUCAGGUUUUUGUUCUAUUUGGUCUGGACGAAUUAAAACACAGAAAGAAGAAUGUUACCAUCUCGUGGGAGUAUAUGACGGCUACUUUCAGGCAAAUAAAAGACAAAAGGCAGCUUUUACUGAUUCCGAUGUCUUUGAAUAUUGGAGUUAUGCAAGGCUUCGUGAUGGGAGACUUCACAAAGGACUACGUGGCGUGUGCCUGGGGAGUGCACCACGUUGGCAUAGUGACUGCUUGCUUAGGGGUCACUCUAUCUUUGGCCGCAAGUAUCUCCGGCUGCCUAGUGAAAUAUUUGGGUAGGAGAACUGUCUUCCUGGCAGCAAAAGUGCUGAAUUUAGCUGCAGUGGUCGUCAUGUAUCUCUGGGAACCUACCUCUUCGGAGACAUACAUGUUCUUCAUCAUAUCAGGCAUGCUUGGAGCUGUCUUGGCCACAUUCUGGUCUCAGUUAAGAGCAUUUUAUGGAGUUCUGUUCCAGAAGAAGGAAGGCGCGGCUUUCGCUAACUACCAACUCUGGCACGCAGUCGGAAUGGCCAUGACGUUCGCUUACAGUAAUUUCAUCUGCACUUCAACAAAGAUUUGCAUCUACCUGGCCUUCUCUUCGUUCGGAAUGAUCGGGUACUUGUUGGCGGAGAACUUGGCUUCUUCAGACACGUGACUUCUUGCAUUUCCUGUUGCAGGUCGCCACAAGAUCGAUCAUUAGCAUGAUAGGAACAAUCCCUAGUAGCACACAUAUAUUGUACAAUAUUUUAUGAUAUUAAAGAAUAUACGCAAUAUUGUUUUAUAUUGUUUGAUAUUGAAUAAUAUUGUAUAAUAUCGUACAAUAUUGUGCUACCUGGGAUGAAGUGCACUACUGCUUUAAAAACAAUAAAAUAAACAUGAAAUUUAGCUACAAAUCGAGCAAUGAAAUCAAGAAAGAAACGACUUGGAUGCGAUGGUCAUCUCAAAGACAAAAGAAAAAACAAAUGAUGUCAAGUAACAAACAUAUUUAAAGGGGAAAAAAGAAAGAAACGUAGAGCGACGAAUAAGAUUUUUCUAAUAACUGUACAAUCUAUACUCAAAUAUUUUGGCAGGGAGAUUUAUUUGUUUAUUUGAUUUUGUUUAGUUGAUUUGUUUUUUGUUUUAUUAUUUUAUUACUUGUUUUUUGUUUAUUUGAUUUGUUUAUUUGUUUGAUUUAUUUGUGAAAAUCUGCAUUACUAACGAGAGAGAGUAGAAAAUUCUAGUGUGCAAUCGGUAAUGUCAUAGCCUACAAAAAUUGUUGGCUUUAUUCGUUUGUUUCAUCAUCGUCUAGCUUUGCAAAAUAUUUUUUGUCAAGUAUUUUACAAAAAUAAUACUAACCUAAAUACAUUAUUAAGUAAGAAAGAAAGCUUUCCAUGCAAGAAAAGUGUGACUCAAAACUCUGUCUUGGAAUUAAUGUGAGAAGAACGCAAAUGUUUUUAUCAUUAUCUCAAUGUUGAAAAAAGUGAAAAAAAAUGACGAAAUAAUAAAACUGGUUUGAAUUUUUAUCUUAAAAUGAUACAAAAUUGGUUUUUACGUAAUCCAGUACUUUGAAGUUAAUUAAACAAAACGUUAACAUUUAGAUUAAUUUUUUUAUAAAAAACUAAUUAAAAUUUUGCGAAAAUUCUUCCUUAAUGAGUCCUUGUACCUGAAUGUUAAAUUUAUUCAUUCUUGAUCCAAUGCAACUUGCAUUCUGUGCC